AUGUUGAGAUAUGUUCUUCAAGACUUCCCUUCUGCUUGUGCAAACAUUCCUUUCAAGUAUUUAUUUGACCUGAUUCCACCAAUUCAACCUCGAGCUUUUUCUAUUGCUUCCUCUUUGAAGGUUCGUCCAGAUGAAGUUCAAUUACUGGUAGCUGUUGUAAACUACAAAACUAAACUUGUCAAACCAAGGCAAGGCCUGUGCUCCACGUGGCUGGCUUCCCUGGACCCUUUGAACAAAGAUUGCCGUGUCCCUGUUUGGGUGAAGAAAGGAACUAUAUCAUUUCCCAAGGCUUUAGAUUCACCUAUUGUCAUGGUAGGCCCAGGUACUGGCUGUGCACCGUUCAGAAGUCUUAUCGAAGAAAGGGUUUCACAGUCGGCCGGAGGAUGUGUACUGUUCUUUGGCUGUCGAAAUAGUAGCAAAGAUUUCUUUUUCCGAGACCAAUGGCGUUUAGCGGUUGAAGAUGGGAGUUUAAGGUUGUUCACUGCCUUUUCAAGAGAUCAGGAAGAAAAGAUCUACGUCCAGCACAGGUUACUGGAAAACAGCCCUCUCGUCUGGGAUCUUCUGGUCAACAAGCAAGGAUGUUUCUACAUAGCUGGAAACUCUCAGCGGAUGCCCACCGAUGUUACCGAUGCCCUUCUUGAAGUAUUUAUUAAAGAAGGAAAAAUGGACAGACCCAAAGCCGAGGAAUUUCUUAAAACAUUAGAAAGUACAAGACAUUUUCAGAGCGAAACCUGGUCAUGAUUCAAAGAGGUUUUCGACUCAGUCAGGAGGACAAAUCUCAUUUUACAACAGCUUAGGGACUGUAUUUUUCUUAAUUAGAAUGGCGGAUUAAAGAAAAUUGUAAAAACAGAACUUCUGUUCUUGUGAACUCUUGACGACAGUUUAGUCCACUCCCAACAUCCCUUACGUGAGUGAAUAAUUGACAAUAUUUUUAUCAGGUAAGAAGCGAGAUUGCUAGGCUUCAAUGUUGCACUAAUCGUUUCAAACAGCUUUAUGUAGCAAUGCGUAAUUACGUCAAGUAGUUGGUUAGAAGACAUAAAUAUUUUCAUAUUACUUUUAUGGUGUCCAAUCCAGAUGAUAUAUAUCGUGAUAUAUGGGCGCCUGUCUAACGAAGGAUAAUCUGUAUUUAUCGCGAACGUGUCUUGAUUAUUUGCCGGGAAUGUAUCAAAUAACAUUUAGUUUUUUUUUCGCGGGAGAAUGUGAAUGGUGGGGUAAAGAAAAUUUACUCGGUGUACUCAUAACAGUUUUAGGAAAGACGAGAUAUAUUUAUACAGUGCUUGGAAAAGCGCAUGAUGUUGAAAAUCGGCUUUGUUAAAGGGUGGCGACUGAGAAUUUAACAGUGUACCACCAUUACGAUCUUCAAUUAAUUCGCUUACGGCAAAAUGGUUUGAAAACGUUCUUAGUAUAGAUAACUGAAAUUUGUGUUGAAUAUAUGGAAAAGGUAAGCAUCGGCUUUCAGUUCGAAGCAAGGGUCAACAGGGUUAACUCACAUGUCUGUAUAUCCCGCAUGAAGUCUUUGUUUUGGCAGGUGAGGUUUUGCAAGGUUUGCCAAGCCGUCUUCGCUGGGUUAUUUUUGUCGGCCAACUUUUCUUUAAUAUUUUACUUCCCUGUUGCUUAGCUUGUGAAGGCUGACACCUUUUCCUUUUGAGUUUUAGUGUGUAUUUUGACAUUCAACCACACGACAGUUCACCUCAUUUCCGAACUGAGGAGUGUUAGAAAUUGUUUCCACAAAGGUCAAACUGUUCAACAAGGACAAAGCACCGAAUUAAGUUUGACUAUUGCUACGUCACAA